AUGGCCUCAACGGGUUUGAUACCUACUUACCAAAGGUUCGUGAAUGGUGCGCCCGUUCCCGCGGCACCCAAGAGGUCAUUCAGACCGAGGGAAAAAUAUUUAAUUUUGUUAGUUUUAAUAACGUUUGUGAUUGUGUGUUUUGGUGCGUUUUUCGAUCUGCCCGAGUACAAAACGACGAACGCAGUCAAUAACGUUUACAUAAAAGUGUACGAACAGUUGCAAAAUGCUCCGCAACUAUUAAUUCCUCCUCCUCCUCACAGUAACGAUGUUCACAGCAACGUAGGUAUAGUUAGACACGGAGAUCCCGUCGUCUUAGACCCGCAUAAAUUAGAAGAUAGAGUUAAGUUAUUAGCCAAAAUUGAACAAGAUGAAUUAAGUCAAAAAGUGUUGGAGCGUCCAAAUCUGGUGAAUGUGAAUGAUGUUAGUGUUAAUGGUGAUGAUUCGGUUAUGGACAAAUCAGCAAUGAUUCCGUCGCAAUCCAAGAGAGAAAACGUUAUGGAAAAAAUUGAAACGGGUCAAACUUCCAAAAUAAAUCUUCCAAUUAUACAAGGUGGAGAAGAUGGUGAUGGCAUUGCGAGAGAGAGAAGGAAUAAGGUUAAGCAGGUAAUGAAACUGACAAAAAUUUCGACAAAUGUCUUUUCACUUUUAGGUUUAAUAUUCGUAACUUAUAUUUUACAUUGUGUGAUUGUACUUUUACAUGAGUUAUAG